GCCAAAUCUUUUCCAAGUGUCAAUAUGCUUCAAGUUAGACCGAAGCCAGAUUUCCUUUUGCUUCCCAACCUGUCUAGGUGGCCUGGUGGUUUUCUGCCAGCAGCAGCGUCCUACCUUUGGUUUUCUGUGCCUCUAUCCACGAGGGGGGAUUAAUUAGCCAGGCUGAAGCUGGGGGAGGCUGUCGUGACGAGCCCAGUGGCGAUUGGCCGCCCGCCUGCCUGGCCCUGCCUUUAUAAUUUCCACACGAGUGCAUCUGGGCUUUUACACAAACCAACAGCAGCUUCUUCUGACAGACACACACUCACCCCGACAUACACUCGGCACACUUUUCUUCCGUCUGAUUAACAGUCCUGCACACACCAUGAUUACGGGAAAACGUAAAUAAAUACGCAAAGGGGUGACUAUUUUGACUACUGGAAGAGCUUUGCUGGGAUUCAGAGCAACUUUUGUUUUUAUUAUUGAGAAGGUGCUCUCUCCACGCGUCUCUCUCAGACACGGAUUCUUUAGCGGAGGAGAAAGUCGGAGAGUGCAGCCUUUCACUUUAAGACCGGCUAGGCUCGCGGAUAAAAGGCCAGCAGGGCCGGGCGGCCUCCACUGCAGCCCGUCCGAGAGGCUCGGUGCCUUUUGCGCGUGGCCCCCUUUCACCUCCGAAGUUGGCUCCAGCGCUAGCAGCCGCAUUGGAUCCCACAGCUUAUUGUGAGACUCCGGUGUACAAUCCGGAUCUCUGCCCCAACAUGAUCGCGGCCCAGGCCAAGCUGGUCUACCACCUAAAUAAGUACUACAACGAGAAAUGCCAGGCCAGGAAAGCUGCCAUCGCCAAAACCAUCCGGGAAGUCUGCAAAGUGGUAUCCGACGUCCUGAAGGAGGUGGAGGUGCAGGAGCCGCGCUUCAUCAGCUCGCUCAACGAGAUGGACAACCGCUACGAGGGCCUGGAGGUCAUCUCUCCCACCGAGUUCGAGGUGGUGCUCUAUCUGAACCAGAUGGGGGUGUUUAACUUCGUGGACGACGGCUCGCUGCCCGGCUGCGCGGUGCUGAAGCUGAGCGACGGUCGCAAGAGGAGCAUGUCCCUCUGGGUAGAAUUCAUCACCGCCUCUGGCUACCUCUCGGCACGCAAAAUCCGCUCCAGGUUUCAGACGCUGGUGGCUCAGGCGGUGGACAAGUGUAGCUACAGGGAUGUAGUAAAGAUGGUGGCUGACACGAGCGAAGUGAAACUGAGAAUCCGCGAUAGGUACGUGGUGCAGAUCACCCCGGCCUUUAAAUGCACCGGGAUCUGGCCGCGGAGUGCUGCCCACUGGCCGCUUCCCCACAUCCCCUGGCCGGGACCCAACCGGGUGGCAGAGGUCAAGGCCGAAGGGUUCAAUCUGUUGUCCAAGGAGUGCCACUCCCUGGCCGGCAAGCAGAGCUCAGCGGAGAGCGACGCUUGGGUGUUGCAGUUUGCAGAGGCUGAGAACAGACUGCAAAUGGGGGGCUGCAGGAAGAAAUGUCUCUCCAUCCUGAAAACCCUACGCGACCGCCAUCUGGAGUUGCCGGGACAGCCCCUCAACAACUACCACAUGAAGACGUUGGUGUCCUACGAGUGUGAGAAGCAUCCCCGGGAGUCGGACUGGGACGAAUCCUGCCUGGGCGACCGGCUGAACGGAAUUCUGCUGCAGCUCAUCUCCUGCCUGCAGUGCCGCCGGUGUCCCCACUACUUCUUACCAAACUUAGAUCUGUUUCAAGGCAAACCGCACUCGGCUCUGGAGAAUGCCGCCAAACAAACGUGGCGGCUGGCAAGAGAGAUCCUGACCAACCCAAAAAGUUUGGAAAAACUCUAGAGGAUGAUCUAAUCCAGGGCCGACAAGAUCUCUCUUCUCAGAGUCCCGGCGAAAUGAAAACUUCCUGGUUGAUCCCUAUUUAGUAUUUCCUGAGGCAGUGCAGAAGAUCUCUUCCUUUAACAGGAGCUGCAGCACAACAUGAACGCAUGUCUCACACUCCCCUGGAGGAGACGGAAACGGAGUAGGGAACCCAGGGGGAAACCUACACCACACACAUCUUUAUGCAGGCAUCUCCCACCUCCCCUCAAGAGUGCACAAAACCCGACAACAGCCGGCAACAAUGGAAGACCGCGGCGGACUGGGUGGAAGGAUUACAGCAAUCCCGGGACUUAGGCGCUUCUGCCUGCCAGUAAACCCGACCUGGAUGUGCCACCGGGAGGAUCCGAAGGAGCCUGUAAUGUAUAUUUUGAUUUGUAACAAAAAUUGUGAUCUCAUGUUGUCUUUCAAAGUGUGGAUGUUGGUGUUUUGUGAUUUGGUGAACAGAACUGAAAUUGUCAUUUGGAAACUUCCAGACACUUUCCACGAACAGAGAUGCAUUUAAAGGUAGAUUUCUUCCUGGUACUUUACCUGUCUGUGAAGUGUCUGAACUUUAAAAAAAAAAGUUUACAUUUUGUUUUAAAUAUAUUGCUUGUUCUAACAUUCCAUAAGUAUACUUGAAAUGUUAUUUAAAUAUAUUCAAAGAAAUUUGAAUUCAGCUUAUAUAAUAACGCUUGAAUAUCUGAAUUAUAUAUAUUUGAAAAUGCACUUGAAAUACACUGGAUAAUUACUUUUGUGAUUUAGAUUUUAAUUUCUGUUGCUGAUUUUUAUUUAAUUAGAAGAUAAUAAAUGAAGUAAAAUACCAAAUCAUUGUGUCUCGUUUUAAAUUGUUUUUGUUAAGAGGCAAAGCUUCCUUUUGAAAAAUCAACUGGAGUAUUUUAAACAUUUUGACAAAUUGGCUAAUAAAAUCACUAAAAAUACACAUUACAGGGGUUCUUUUUUAAUAGCCAUAGAAAAUAUCCAUUUCCUCAGUUUCUAAUUUACUGCAUGGUUCUUUUCUACAACUGACACAUUUAUAAUCUACUUUCCAGAUCUUGCUUCUGCUUAAUAUUUCUGUAGCUUCUUGACAAUAUAAGGGGGAAAAUCUAUCAUGGCAAUGGAGAUUACUGAGUUUAAAAGCAGAAAAUUCUGAGGAAAUUAACUUAAAGUCAUAAUAAAAACUUUGAAUUUUGUAAUGAAAUCCAAGCGAUAAGAUGAAAAUAUCUUUUAAACAAUAUAGUUUAUCAACCUAUUUUGCACAGUAAGUGUUUAGAGUAAAUUAGUCAGAAAGCCACAUUCAUUCUUACCACACAGGGACGCUAACGGAAAAACAUAAAGGCAAGUUUCUACUUGCUUCCAAACAGCACGCUCACUCACCUUAGAGGCUGAAGUCAGGUCCUCUGCUGUUGUCUCACUCAUCAACAAGUGCUGAGAGCCUGAGUCUAAGGCUCUGCAUUAGUUAAGUCAGGUGGUGAUAAACUGGAGAAUUUCCUUUGCUCAUUUACAAAUGUUUUAUUAUGUGCCGUUUCUGCGUAUAACUUUAACAUAAAUAAUAAGGCUCAAGUCUGACUACCUAUUUUAGAACAGCUUUUGAAGCGACUUAAAGGAAGAUCUUUUCAAAACUAUAGUGAAACAUCCAGUAGAAUAACCCUUUAUCUCAACCCCUUACUCUCAGAAGAAAUUCCCAAAACUACAGUAAAACAUCCAGUAGAAUACCCUAUUAUCUCAACUUCUUAACCUCAGAAGAAAUUCACAAAACUUACAUUGACAUAAAUAAGAAACUAGAGAAAUGCAUCUCAGAAGGGUGCUGGGCUGUAGGGUUUCU